AUACAAUCGAGCACACCUUUUUUUCUACGCGGUGACGUUGUCAGCGGACGGAGCCGCUUUAGAGGAAGUGGUGCACAGUGCAGUCAUGUCAAAGCAAUGUGGACAGUCCAUUUAAAUGUUUUUAUUCAAAGAUUUAUUGUCAGAUUCUGUCCACACGUUGGAGAAACAUGGCGUGUUUCUUCAGGAGAAGAAUAGCCGAGAAGCUGAGUAAGACGCUGCAGCAGUCUGAGGACGCCUUCAUACCAGCUCUGUCAGCUGUUCCUGUUUUUAAGAAACAGCAGAGUGCUGCCGACUUCAAACUGUCCAUCAGCGCAUUAAGAAACAGUCAGAUUUUGCCAUCCGAUGGAGACAUUCAGCUGCAGACAGAAGACUUGGCCGCUCAGUUGCAGCAGGACAGUGUGGUGGAAGACAUAUCCGCUGGAUGUGGAGUGAUCAGCUUUAAAGUGAAUCGCCAACUUCUUGUCCAGAAAAUGUUGGAGACAUUUGGAAAAGAGCAGGAUGAGAGAUUUGGGUUGAAUAGUGAACUUCUCAGUCGUCUCAAGAGAGGAACGACAUUAGUUGAAUAUAGCUCUCCAAAUAUUGCCAAAAAAUUCCACGCUGGACACUUACGAUCUACAAUUAUCGGUAACUUCAUCGCUAAUCUAAAGCAGUCCCUUGGAAACAACGUUAUUCGAAUGAACUACCUCGGAGACUGGGGGAUGCAGUUUGGCCUGCUCGGAGCUGGGUUUGGCCAGUUUGGAUGUCAGGAGAAACUGAAACAGAAUCCUUUACAGCAUUUGUUUGAGGUUUACGUUCAAGUAAACAAGGAGGCAGAGCACAAUGAGGACAUGAAGCAGGCAGCCAGAGACUUCUUUAGACAGCUGGAGCAGCAUGAGAGCGAGGCUGUGUCGUUAUGGCAACAGUUCAGAGAGAUCACAGUGGACGAGUAUCAGCACAUUUACAAGCGGUUAGGCGUCCACUUUGACAUCUACUCCGGGGAGUCCUUUCACCAAGAUCAAGCCCAGGAGGUGGUGCAGCAGCUGCAGAGCCGAGGCCUGUUGAAAACCUCUGAGAGAGGAACGGGUGUGGUGGAUCUCUCACCUGCUGGAGACAUGAGCAGCGUUUGUACGGUGCUCCGCAGUGACGGCACAACUCUCUACAUCACCAGAGAUCUCGCCGCGGCUAUCGACCGAUCAGAAAAAUAUAGUUUUGACGAGAUGAUUUAUGUGACAGACAAAAGUCAAGCCGGUCACUUCCACCAGUUGUUCCAGAUCCUGCUCGCAAUGGAACAUUCCUGGGCUGACAGGUGUCUACACGUUCCCUUCGGCCUGGUGCGAGGCAUGAAGACGCGGAGCGGCGAGGUGGUGUUUCUGGAGGACGUGCUGGACGAAGCUCGGAGCAGGAUGCUGCACAACAUGAGCCGGUCAAAAACAACAAAGGAAAUGUACGACCCCGAGGACACAGCAGAGAAAGUGGGAAUCAGUGCACUAAUAAUCCAGGACUUUAAAGGUCCUCUGCAGUCUGACUACACGUUCGACUGGGACAGGAUGCUGCAGGCUCAGGGCGACACGGGAGUCUUCCUCCAGUACACUCACGCUCGACUCCGCAGUUUAAUACAGAAGAAUGAAGGUGCAGAAGCUGAUAUGUUUGAUCCAUCCCUCCUGCUUGAGCAGACGAGUAUCACCAUCCUGCAGCACCUCCUUCGGUAUGAUGAAGUGUUGUACCAGUCAGCCCAGGACCUGCAACCCAAACACCUGGUCAACUUUUUAUUGAAGUUAUGCCACCUGAUCGCCUCAGCACACAGAGAGCUGCCGGUAAAAGGAAGCUCGCAGAAUGUCGCACAGGCGAGGUUACGACUGUUUGGCAGAGCCUGCUCGGUCCUGGCCGACGGGAUGAAGAUCCUGGGCAUCACACCGGUUGAUAAAAUGUGACACUCGCGAAUGUUUGUUUUGUACUUUUAAUCAGUGUUAUUCUGCUGCUGUAGGUAGCACACUGCCACGGCUGUACUGUAAA